AUGGGAGAUGUUAGGCUUAAUAGGGUAGAUCAAGGACAAACAAAGAUUAAGAAUGUUCCAAUAGCUGUUACACCUGAAGGGUUUUGGUGUUGUCCUUCACCUGUUGUGUUUCAGAAAAGUCAUAAGCCUCAAAAUCCUUUGAAUAAAACCAAACCGUCUUCGUCUCCGCCACAGCCACAACCGAAAGCUAGUGUUCAGAAAAAGCCGGUGGCUGUGCAAGUGACGGAGAGAAGAGGUUCUGCACCUGCACAUGGUCCUGCAUCUGCAUCGUCUAGAUUGGUGGUUUCCGAUGAUCAACAUUGUGGUGUUGGGUCAGAAAGGUCGUCGCCUGGUACUUCUUUGGCUGCUGAGAGAUUAUCUUCUAGACCUAAAAUCGAAACCAUGCCGAGAAAGGUAGCUAUUGAGUUUGGUGAACCUGGAACUUGUGAUAUGAAGGUGGUUUUAUUAGGGAAACAAGGUUUUUCUGUUAAGUUGAGUGUGCAUAGGGAUGUUCUGAUAGAGAAGAGUAGUUUCUUUUCUGAAAAGAUUUUGGAACAAUCGGAUUUGUCUUGUCUACAAAUCGGAGAUUGUGAGGAUGUUGAAAUAUAUGUUGAAGCCGUUGGUUUGAUGUACUGCAAGGAAAUGAAACAGCGGCUCAUGAAACAGAAUGUUUCUCGCAUUCUUCGAAUUCUUAAGGUUGCAGAAUACCUUGGCUUCAGCUCAUGUAUCCAAUCAUGCUUGGAGUAUUUGGAGGCUGUCCCUUGGGUUGGAGAUGAAGAAGAAGAAAAAGUCGUCUCAACUGUACUACAACUCCAAGGGGAAGGAAUUGGGAUCAACCCUGUGUUGAAACGAAUUUCUUCUGAUGUUUCCAAUGUCCCGAAAGACACAUUUUCCCAAAUUAUCGAACUUGUUCUCAAAAGCAACGAGGAAAAAGGUCGUCGAGAGAUGAAAUCCAUAGUUCUAAAGCUUCUUAGAGAGAACAACAGUCUCCCAAGUUACGCACGUUCCACCGACAUCUGUAACGACAUGAUAUAUACAUCCUGCAGAAGCUGUUUGGAUUUAUUGUUGUCUCUCUUCAAGCAAGCUGCAGAAUCAUCCUUUGCAGGCAAACCAAGUGACGAAAGAGAUUCUGUAAUAAAGCGUAUAGCUCUUGAAGCCGACAACCUUUCAUGGUUGCUUGAUAUUUUAGUUGACAAACAAGCCGGUGAUGAGUUUGCACUGUUAUGGGCAAACCAGCAGGAAUUAGCAGUCUUACACGCGAAGCUACCAAUUGUGUCUCGUUAUCAUGUUAGCUGCAUUUCCGGAAAACUAUACGUCGGCAUUGGUAGAGGGGAGUUGUUGCCAUCGAAGGACACACGGCAGUUGUUGUUGCAAACAUGGCUGCAGCCGCUAAUGAACGACUACAAUUGGUUACAACACGGAUGCAGGUCGUUCGACAGGAAGCUUGUGGAGGAAGGAAUCGGGAGAACGAUUCUCACCUUGCCUUUGGAGGAUCAACAAAGCAUUUUGCUUUCUUGGGUUGGGAUUUUCUUGAAAACCGGUGAUAGCUGUCCUAAUCUUCAAAGGGCUUUUGAGGUGUGGUGGCGCAGAACUUUCAUUCGGCCGUAUGUCGAAAAUCAAGGUAAUGCCGCGUCAGAUAGUUCCUCGGCAUCGAAAUGA